AACACACCCUGCAAACUGCCUUGACACAGGGCUCUAACUCAAGGAGUCGGCUAUGGAUUAUCAGAAGCAGGUUGAAGAAAUCAUACCCACUGCCAAAUUUGGAGACUUGAUAGAAUUUGCCUACCCCAUCGGAUAUUCACACUGGGGAGUUUAUGACGAAGAUGGAUAUGUAAUCCAUUUUGCUGUUGCAGAUGAGAAGCAACUGAAGAACAACAUACGUAUGUACCUACAAAAGAUCUUCCCGGUGUGUGGUGACCUUCUUCUCGGGGAGACCAGGAUCCGCAGAGUGCCUCUUGGUGAGGUGAACGUGCCGAAAGGCGUCACCGUCUCCAUCGGUAACGACCGUCACAGCGUGACACCGUCGGCAUCCGAGGAUAUGAGACUACGGCGGGACGCCCUUCUCGAUCGGGACUUCCAAUAUCAACUUCUCAGCUUCAACUGCGAGCACUUUGCCACUUUUGUACGUUAUGGGAAAGCAGUGUGCAACCAGAUUCCUACAAGACCGAAGGAUAAAGAGUGUGAGGCGGCAACCGCAUUCUUCAAGAACGUCGUCAGCCCUGAAGAAACUGUGAAAGAACCAUUCAAAGAGACCUCCGACUUCUUUAAUUCAAAUAGGUGGUAGGAAGAUUAAGCGAACAAUGGUGUAAAUCAUAAAUGUUUUUUUUUACUUAAAGAAUGUUCAUUUAUUAAUAAAAUUGAUCAGAUAUACUAAUCAAUCACAAAGUCUGAAACCCACUGAAGGGCCCUGGGUGUGUUCUCAUGCCACCUGUAUAAUUGUAACCGAAGCUCCAGCAUGUAUGUAUGUUAGCGAGAGGAAGAGCAGGGAGGUAUAAGUGUAACCCAAAAGGUUAGCUCAGCAAUAGAAAACAUUUAUUUUCAUUGAGCAUGACAAGGGCAUUGCUGGGGUCAUGGCAAUUAUGGAGUGUUGCUUGCUGGACAUUGAUAUAAGAGCAGGUGCCGCAAACUGGUGAUGUAAUGUGAAGUGCCAGUAAGGCUUUACAAUGGGCACAUACCAAUUAGCAUUACUUAAUACAUUAUUAACCCUUAACUACCAAAUUGGCUCGUAAGUAUUUAAUUCAUGUUGACCAAGGUAACAUGGCAUACAUUAUUUAAUGUUUGAAAUCAUGUUAGCAUGUAGUAAGGGCUUACAUGUUAAUGAAGGCUCGAACUAAUAUUAGUAAAUGUGUUAAUUAGCAUUAUGUCAUCAAGUUCACAUCUCAGACAUUUCAAAGAACAUUGCAUGAGAUUUAGUUGGAUCUAGCGGUGAGGUUUUAGAUUGUAGAACAACAAACUCUUUUUCUACUCCAGCAGCCUUCAGUCAGGAAUAUAGGUAACAAUAGGAUUGUAUUACUACAAGGAGCUACUCUUGUCACUAAUCAAUUAUUUCCCACAAAUAAAGAAUCACUUUUAAAAACAUGUCUGAUGAUUUUAAAUACAAAUAAAUUAAGAACAGAAUUGAGUUUAUGCUAAAUAAUAAAUGGACUUGUAAUCAUACUCGCACCCAAAACAAUGUCUCACCCAA